UCGAGCGCCGUCUCAAAACCCGCUCAGGUCGCGUGUCAGCGGAGGUGGUGCUGAAAGGAAAGCGUUCCCGUGAGGCUAUAUAUAGGCCAAUAUAUGUGAAGCCUACUGAUCUGCUGCCAACGCUGUAUUAUGUUGAUCCAUCUUGCGUGGCCAUUGUCUCGACGGGGUCGGGGGGUCUCGAUACAUGACGGGGAAAAGCAGUUGUCGGUCGUUCCGCUCCAUUGUUGGGCUCGUAGCCCAAAGCUAUCGCUCUACUUCGCAACUAAGGACACUCAUGGGUCCGUAUGGAGUGGACCGUGCCGUGCACGCUCUGGAGUUCAACGAAUGUGAGAACGGCCUGGGAAUAAAGGUAAUAGGAGGGGUGAAGGAGACCACUGGAGAAGAGUUUGGUGUCUAUGUCAAACGGAUUUUACCUGGUGGCAUCGCUUCAAGUGAUGGAAGCCUCCAGGCAGGGGACCAGAUCUUGGAGGUUAAUGGGGACAGCCUGGUAGGAGUCACAAGUGAGAGAGCUGUGGAUGUCUUGAGGGGAGCUUCUGCAACGAAUCACAUGCGACUUCUGAUUGCCAGAGAUGAAGAGGCCAAGAGAGAAUUUGCUGAGCUACUUGAAAAGUAUGGAUCCAACAGCAGCACGGGAUCAACACGAAACUCUCCCAUUCAAGUGCAAGGAACCAGACCGCUGGAGAGCACGUCGUCGGGCUCCUCGUCCCGGUCCCAGAGCCCGCUGCUCCUGAGCCCUGCAGGGUCCCAGAACGCGUACGCCAGCAGCGGGGCGCUGAUGCGCUCCCUCAGCCACCCGGGGGAGGGGGUCAUCCAGCUGAUCACCCUGGCACACGCCAGCAGCCUUGGGAUCACGCUGGGAGGGGGGUCCAACCGCCCCGACGGGCCUGCAGUCUUCAUCCAGGAGGUGCUGUCGGGGGGAGACUGCCAUCGGGACGGGCGUUUGAGGCCUGGGGACCAACUCAUCGCCAUCAACAAGGAGUCGUUGAUAGGCGUCACACACGAGGAGGCCAGAAGCAUGUUGAAGAAGGUCAAGCUCAGCCAGGACAGCGUGGUGGAGAUAGCCUUUAUUCCGGGUAAGGGCUCCUUCCCCAGCAGCUCCUCCCUUCACAACGGGGCACAGCGAGCAGCGGGCAGCAGCUCAGGGUCCGCACGCUACAGACCUCCCCACCGAUCCCCCGAGAGUCAUCCAGAGGAAACAGCAACCGUCUCUUCUUCUUCCCCUGACAUCUUCCCACCAGAUAUUAACAUUUCAGCCUCCGCUGCCAGUCAGAGCAGCACACCGGGGCCCAAGCCCAAGAUCACCCUGGAUCCUCACAUACGGCUUCAGUUUGACAAGCUGGACCUGGCUUUGUUCUUCCUUGGUCUGGAAGUCACAGAGGACAAGAGGAGGCAGUUAAGACAAAGUCUGACCACGGACACCCAGGGAACGGUAUCGUAUGGAGAUUUUGUGGAGGCUACGCGGGAGAUCUUCCAGGAUCAUUUGGAGGAGGCGGGUCUUGCACAGGGUCCCUUUAUGUUCUCCUAUCAUGAAGCAGCAAGUUUGAUGGACACUUCAGCCUUCCACUCACCUACGUACGAGUCCGAGUGCAGCUACAGCAGCGAGGACAUGGAGCAGUUCCAGAUGGAACUCAAGCAGCUGCAGAGCCAGAUGAGGCAGCUCAAGGGGAUGCUGAAGGACACAGAGGACAGUAAAAAGAGCCUUGAGGAGGAGCUCCAGAAAACAGCCCAGAAGGCCAGUCUGACCGUGGAGGAGAACGCCCGUCUGAGGGACCGUCUGCAGGCGGCGGCGGACGGGCCGCUGCCCCCGCCCAGCAGCGCCGAGCAGGACUACGAGGAGGUGAUCGGGCUGCUGGAGGCCGAGAUCAGGGACCUGAAGAACCAGCUGACCGACAAGAGGCCCCCACCGCGCCCCCUGGACCCGGCAGCCCCCCAGGAGGACGUUGGUGAUGUGAACCGCCGGCUUAGGGCUGUGGACUGGCAGCUCAGACGCUCUGAGUCCACCCGGAGGCAGCUGGAGACCUCCCACAACAAGCUGCUGGGGUUCGCCCAGAACGUCCACAGAGUGCUGUCGGCUCCUUCCCCGGGCGGCGGAGAACACGGGGCCAGCGAGCCGUCCCCGGUGACGACCAGCCCCGACCCGGCCCUCCAGCUGGCCAUGGAGGCAAAGAGGCUGCUGGAGAGAGUCUGUGUACUCAACACCGGAGACACGGCAUCAUGCAGCGAGGCCGAGAGCGCGGACGCCAUGAACAGGAGCCCCCCCCCCCCCCCCCCAGUGUGAACCGUGAACACUGAGAGGCAGCAGUCAUUCAUGGUCGUUUGCCGUCUGCACUGACUGACUGACUGAACUGCUGGCUGCACUUACAAAGUAACUUCCUCUUAAAAAUGAAAACCAAACCUGGGUUGUCGUCCUCUGUGCUUUGAAAGUUUAAACAUUACGAGGAAAAAACGAAACAAAAAGAUAAUGGUCCAAAGGAAGGCCGGUUCUUUGUCUGAUUUGCAGAGCAGCUUUCUCAACUCUUAUAUUAAAAUAAAUGUUCAAAAUGACACUAUUUACUAUGUUUGUUUGAUGCCACCUCAGGUCAACCAUCUGAGGGUCGAACCACGUGAGGUUAACUACAGUCUGUGUCAGGUUGACACCACACUGAAGUCAGUUUUAACAGCGAGCUGCCCUCCACAUCAACACCUCUCUCAUGUGUACAGGCUCAAUCCAUUUACUGCAUUAACAUCCUAGCAGUCUUCCACUAUGUUGAUUAAACCAUUGCAAGUGAAUGGCCAAUGUUUAAUGCCAAAGUAUGUUUAUAAAUGUCAUCCUAGUGUCUUCCAUUUCAUCCAACAUAGAGGCCAGUUCGUUUUCAGAGAUCUGAGUAUUGGGUAUAGGUGAUUAUUGUUGAUGGUCAUCUUUCUACAUCUUUACAAUGACUUUGAAGUAUGUAUUUAUUAACGCUACCAUUAUUCAAGCAUCAGUUUCUAUAUAAAUCACUGAAACAAUUGUAUUUAAUGUGCUUGGAAAUGUAUAACCGUCAAGCACAAAUUUGAAAAUCCAUCCCGUUAACCUAAUUAGUAUAAUCUUAUUUGCAACAUUUGUGAUUGAGGUCAACCAUAAAAGGUAAAAAGGCUGAUUUGGAUUUUUUUUGACUGCAUGGUUACAUUUAAUGAAUCACAAAAAUGAUUCUCAAAGUUGGCUGAGGAAGGCAUAAAUCUGACGUCAGCUGGAAAUGACAAGAGAUCUCCUGUUAGGAGUUGCAUUCUAAAAAUGUGGAAAAUGCUUAAAAAAACCAAACAGAUGUUCCUUUCUGGAAUCUACUUUGUGGCCUCAAUUUCGUUAUCAUGCUACCAUUUAUAAUAAAGGACUACACCAGAAA